GAAAAGGACGCUUACCUUUUGCAUUCAAUGAUGUCAUGGGUUUGGAGCCUGAUGAAUCAAGGGGGGUGCACACUGAUGACAUCGUCAGCAUUCUUGGAGGCCAUGUCCGAGAAGGUUAUCAGUUCAACCCCACUUGUCCUUUGACACAAGAAAAACAAGACUACAACAGCAGUCCUGAGUUAAAACACAGAGUCCACUGUUUAGUGGGUGUCGUGUCUGCAAAUGCCUUAUUUGGAAUGUCAGAUGGACUCAAAUGCAAGCUGAAGGCUAUAAGGGAGAAGGCUAGCAGUCUGGAUAUUCCCCAGUUUCUUGUUAUGACAAAAGUUGAUGAUGCUUGUCCAGAAGUGAAGAGGGAUCUGAGAAAUAUCUACAAAAGCAAGGCAAUUAAAAAGCAGAUGGAGACCUGCAGCAAUGAGCUGGGGAUCCCCAUGAACUGCAUCCUGCCAGUGAAGAACUACCAUGAAGAGACAAAGACAAACAAUGUAGCAGAUGUGCUGGUGUUGGAGGCUAUUCAUCAGAUUGUGGAGGCAGCCAAUGAUUACAUAUGGACACUUCAACAAGAAUAAUAA